CUGGGGCAUCUCCGCCCGCCGCCAUGAAGUCUCCUCCAGCCCAGCGCCCGGCGGGGCAAGCGCCGGGGGAGGACGGCGGGGGCCUGGCGGAGGCGCUGGGCGAGUUCGACGCGGUGCUGGCCGAGUUCUCCUGCCCCGCCGGCCGGCGCCGAUUCUUCUACGGCGAGCACCUGGAGCGCAUGAAGCGGCGGAGCAGCGCCAGCGUCAGCGACAGCAGCGGCCUCAGCGACUCCGAGAGGACUGUCCGCUGCGUCUCCAGAAUCACCUGGACAGAGCGAGCGAGCCAAAACGUGCUUCCCACAACAGGUGCAGAUUCCCUCUACAGAAAUAGUUUCAGUCUCAGUGAUGAAAAGCUGAACUCUUCAACUGCAUCUACUCCAAGCUUGCCAUCCCCUUCAGUAACUCCUUGUAAAGCAAAGCUUGGAGACACAAAAGAACUGGAGGACUUCAUUGCUGAUCUUGACAGGACUCUAGAAAGUAUGUGAAAUGAAUUUUGAGCAUUGUGCUUGCAUGUGAAUGUCCUCUGAAGGAUAAGUGACAUCAAUCAGUGAGAACUGCUGCCCUUGUCUGAUGACUUUGCUCCCCAAGAUAUCCUCUGAACAUAACCUUUGUGAACUCCUACAAGUAUUUAACUGGCAACAUUGGUGGUUUUUAUUUUUUUUUUCACUUUGCAGCAGAUGGAAUAAGAUAACUUAAAUGUUAGAGCUGUAUUUUGCUUUAAAAUAUAGCUUGAAUUUUAAUUUUAAUUUAAAGUUGCUUUUAUGCAAAUAUAUUUGUAAUUUUAUAUAGUUGAAAACUUUAAUGCUUUUUUCCAUUAUAAUAUAUUUUUGUAUGCAAAUAAAUCCUGAGCUGGAAUCCAGAUGUCUGGAAGCUUCCUAUGAACAUUCAAACUCUGAAAUAUAAGUGCAAAUUAAACUCUUAUUGAAAACAGCAUGUUUCAAAAUAUCUUCAUUAUGGUAUAUUUCCUGUUAGGCAAAAUUUGUUAUGCUCGUUUAAUGUGGUUGCUUAAAUAAGAGAGUUUUGUACUCUGUAAAAUUAAUACAAUCAGGAAAAUAAUAAAUUUGGUCAAACUGUUA